CAGGGACUCAAAGCAGACGCUAUGUGGAAUAUAGCCUGGGUUUCUAGAAUUGCAAUUCGGCGCUAAUGGCGGGGUGCUGCCACUGAAGUCGUUGCAUCUACUGUGUCAGACCACUGCCCGUGUAAAUUAUCUUCGUUUACGUGAACGGCCCAUGCCCCUGCACUACGGCACGUACCUUACGUCAACGUCCUCAAACCAAAUGACGCCGGUAUUUACUAACCACGGAAUUUGCAAACUAACCAGCUACCGCCAUUAUUUAGAAGAAUGGCGCGUGGGUUUAGCAUAUUAGGAGUAUAUGGAGUUAUUCUGCUGUCUUUCCACUUCUUGACUUGUGCCUGACUUUCUUUAAAUCUAUCAACCUUCAAUCAUCAUGAUGGAGUCCCUCAACGGUAUCAUGGAUUCCUUGACUGCCAACGGCGACAAGAACCCAGUCGGCUUACAAUACUUGCCUGCCGAGCUGAUAGAAGCCAUAUUCCAAGACCUUGGAGUCGAUUCCUGCAAAUCGUUCCGUUUAACGUCCAAACGAUGUGCAAUUCUUGGCCAACCAUACAUACUAAGCCCGCGGCUGAAACUGUUUCCCCAUAGGGACGACUUCACCAAGCUCAUGGAAAUAUCUCAGCAUCCCUACUUCUCGUCUCAGAUCCAUCGAGUAGAAAUCUACAUGGCGAAGGCUGAUGACUUUCACUUUCGAAAUAACCUGUGUCUCCAGCAAUGCGCUAAAGAAAGGACAGGAAGCGCCGAGACGAUGGAGAAGUCGAUGGCCAAGUAUCAAAAGCAGAAAGGACUGGAGGAGGCAUUCGCAGACGACUUCUGCAACCCGGAAAUUUUGGAGCUAGCUUUCCCCAAUAUGAAAAAUCUGGAGGCUAUCGACAUCAAAAUGGAAGAAUGCCUAUACAACGACCUCGUCUUGUGGGAUGCUUGGAAAAUGGGCUUAUCAAAAGCAGAGCCGGGCGACGCCGAAAUCGUCCACUUCAUGGCGAUCCUUCGCGCUGCGUCAGCGUUAAAUCUGCGAGUUCUAACGAAUGACCUCUUACCUUUUGGCAUCUGGGAUAUGGACUGCUACCGCCCUGGCCUGGAAGCGGCGUUCCACGGUCUGACGACCCUGAAACUGGUUAUGGGAUGCAAGAACCUCAGGGAUCAUCAUGCCACCGACAGCCGCGACUCUUGGGCAAACAAGUUGAACAAAGCCUUGAAAGGAGCCACAAAUCUUCGGGAACUACACGUAGGCUUCAAAUUGUCGUUCUCGGCAGUUUUGGACUGCCCUCCCCUCCUAGAUGGGCUGAUGCUACCACACCUACACACUCUCAUACUGGAAAAGAUAGCAUGGCACCCGGAAGAGCUAAGUUCAUUCCUCAAAUCUCAUGCGGCCACACUCAGACGUCUUCGAGUCUGGGCAUUCGUGAGCAAAAAGGACUUGAAGGGGAACACUGUCGACCAGCCCGCCGACCUUGAGCUGCUCAUAGACGAGAUGAAGGAGCACCUCCAGCUAGAAAAGCUGGAUGUCUGCGGUCACCCAUCAGUCCUUUGCCAGCCCGCCGAGAUUUUCUGGUUCCAUGAAACGGGGCUGUACGAUGAGAACUGGGAACCCGUCAAACAGCACACAGGUUCACCGAGUGUGAUGGCUCAGCGCUUCGAGGAAUAUGUUGUGCACAGCGGCCCCUCACCUUACGGGAGAGACAUCGGUGAUUUAUUUUCAUGACUGGUUAAUUACUAAUGGGUAUCUAUCUAACUCCUACGACAACGUUUCUUCGUCUACUCUUCAUCCUCCACGGCCUUCAGGAGACUUCUCGACAACCUAUCUCCCCAAACCCCUCAUUCCAAACAAAUAAAGGGGAUUCUCAGCAACUCUCAUCUCCCGCGCCUCUUCCCCCCAAAACCCCUAAUAAGGCUUCUCACUAGCCCUCCUUGAAUCCUUCCUCCCCAUACAAAAAAUAACCACCCACGCCCCCAUCGCCACCCCCAUCGCCGCCGUCCCCCCCCACGUCAUCGCCAAAAACUUGUGUCCCUUAUACGCAUACAACCCGACAUCAUUACCAUACUGAUUCACCACCUCCGUCGCCUUGACAAUAAUCGCCGUCACGAUCGCGCUCGAUAUCGCCAGCGCCAGGAACGCCACGAUCGCCAACAGGAAAUUGAGACAUGAUGUCAAGCGGCCUGUGGAGAAGAAGGAGAUCAAGGCGAGGAUGAUGCAGAGCCCGGAGGCGGCGGCGCCGAUGCAGUAGAGGAUGAACAUGGCGGUCAUGGCUAUGUUGAAGGCUUUGAUGCCGUUCUUGAUGUCGUCUGAGUAGCCGAGGUCGGCGAGGUUGAUUUUUCCUGCUAGGGGGCCGGAAUCAAGUUCUUUCUGGAGUUGGGAGGUUGGGUCGAAGUGGUCUAUACGUCGGAAUCAGCCACUGUUCGCCGGUGUACUACUUUACGGAAAAGGGGGAAGGGAGAUGACAUACACAUAGCCUUCAUAGGCGUACACCCACUAACAUUCAUCUUCGCCCCCCUAUCCGUCGCCCUCGGCGUGUAGGUGCCCAUACACAUAUCCGUCAUGUGCAAGUUAUACCACUGAUGGAUCCCCAGCUUCUCCGCGAGCUUAUCCGCCACAUCACCACGGAUCUCGUUGAAUUCGUUCAUGAUAUCCCCCUUGGGAUCGCCGGCGAUGUUGUUGAGCCAUGACCCGAUUGAGGUUGGUGAGGAGGAGGUGCUGGAGGUUGUGGGAGAGGUGUCGUGGCCGAGGCUGGAGGUGUUGAGCUGGGGGGGGAAAGGUUAGUUAUUGUGUUUAUUGAGGGAUG